CCCAGGGUAGGGCUGCGCACUGCAGAGAUUGUGCACUGUGUGUGUGUGAGUGUGUGUGUGUGGGUGAUGACUUCAUCUCAUCCCUUUUUCAUUUAAAUUCAUGUAACCAGCUGGGUGCUGGUCGGCUCAGGCAAAUCGGAGAGAGAAAUAGUGCCUGCCGCUGCAACAAGGAACUGCAGCAUGUACGUGUUUGGCGGGAUGUCGGCGAGAAUUCAUUACGAUCGCCUGCGGGCAGAGGGAGCGGGCACCAACGAGAAAGCGCUGCCCUUCCUCAAUCAGGACUACGAGGCACUGAAACAGGAAUGUUUGGAAAAUGGCAGCCUCUUCGAGGACCCAAACUUCCCGGCACAGCCGCACUCGCUGGGAUUCAAGGAACUAGCGCCUCACUCGUCUAAAACACGUGGAGUCGAGUGGAAGCGGCCCACCGAGCUGGUGGAUGAUCCUCAGUUUAUCGUUGGCGGAGCCACCAGGACCGAUAUCUGCCAAGGAGCUCUGGGUGAUUGCUGGCUGUUGGCUGCUAUCGCUUCUCUCACUCUGAACGAUAAGCUCUUACACAGGGUGGUUCCUCACGGCCAGAGCUUCACAGAUAACUACGCCGGUAUUUUCCACUUUCAGUUCUGGCAGUUCGGCGACUGGGUGGACAUCGUCAUCGACGACCGCCUGCCUGUAAAGGACGGAGAGCUUGUUUUUGUGCACUCGGAAGAAGGGACCGAGUUCUGGAGCGCCCUGCUGGAGAAAGCCUACGCUAAGCUGAACGGUUCGUACGAGGCUCUGUCUGGAGGCUCCACCACCGAGGGCUUCGAGGAUUUCACAGGCGGAGUGUCUGAGAUGUACGAGCUGAGGUCAGCGCCCAGAGAUCUGCCCCGCAUUAUCACAAAGGCCCUGGAACGAGGAUCGCUGCUCGGCUGCUCUAUAGACAUCACUAGUGCCUUUGACAUGGAAGCGGUGACCUUCAAGAAGCUGGUGAAAGGUCACGCUUACUCUGUGACAGGACUCAAAGAGGUGGAUUUCCGCGGUAACACUGAAAGGCUGAUCCGUAUCCGAAACCCAUGGGGGCAGGUCGAGUGGACAGGGGCGUGGAGUGACAAUUCAUCCGAAUGGAAUCAGAUUGAUCCGUCUGAUAGAGAGGAACUGAACUGCAAAAAAGAGGACGGAGAGUUCUGGAUGUCGUUUCAGGAGUUUAAGCGUCAGUUCUCGCGCUUGGAGAUCUGUAACCUGACACCGGAUGCGCUAAGUGAUGACAGUCUGAGUUUCUGGAACACCAUCAAGUUCGAAGGCAACUGGAGGAGAGGGAGCACAGCGGGAGGCUGCAGGAAUCAUCCCAACACGUUCUGGAUCAACCCGCAGUACAAGAUCACGCUGCUGGAAGAGGACGAUGAUCCCGAUGAUCCCGAGGUGGCGUGCAGCUUCCUGGUGGCGCUGAUGCAGAAGGACCGGCGGCGCUACCGUAAGCACGGCCAGGACAUGCACACCAUCGGCUUCGCCAUCUACGAGAUCCCAGACGAGUACCGCGGUUGCCAGGGCGUUCACCUGAAGAAGGAGUUUUUCCUUCGUAACCAGUCCUGUGCUCGUUCUGAGACCUUCAUCAACCUGCGGGAGGUGAGCACGCGACUCCGGCUGCCUCCGGGCGAAUACCUCAUCGUUCCCUCGACAUUCGAACCCGGGAAAGAAGCCGACUUCGUUCUCCGCGUGUUUACUGAGAAACAGUCCGAGACGGAAGAGAUGGACGAUGAGGUGUCGUUCACACUGGAUGAAGAGGAGGAGAUCACCGAGGAAGAUAUUGACUCCUCGUUCCGAAACAUGUUUGCUCAGCUUUCCGGUGAGGAUAUGGAGAUAUCAGUCCAUGAGCUGAGGACCAUCCUGAACAGAGUAGUGUCCAAACACCGGGAUCUGAAGACGGACGGCUUCAGUAUGGAGGCAUGCAGGUCUAUGGUGGCCCUCAUGGAUAAAGACGGAAGCGCCCGUCUGGGAAUCGUAGAGUUCCAGAUCCUGUGGAAUAAGAUCAGGAAGUGGCUGGGAAUUUUCCGGGAAUUUGACCUGGACAAAUCAGGAACCAUGAGCUCGUAUGAGAUGCGAUUGGCCUUGGAGUCUGCUGGGUUUAAGCUCAACAACAAGCUGAACCAAGUGCUGGUUGCGCGUUACGCCGACCAAGAGAUGAUCGACUUCGAUAACUUCAUCUGUUGCCUGGUCAAACUCGAGGCCAUGUUUAGAUCCUUUACGCAGAUUGACAAAGACGGCUCCGGGGUCGCCGAGCUUAACAUCUCGGAGUGGCUGUACCUGACCAUGUGCGGCUGAGUUUCCUGAACCAAGCUGCGUCGAGAAAAUUCAGACGAGAAUGAAGAUCCCUCUCGGAGCAUCGAUAAUCCUAGGAUGCAGGGAAAACAGUCGGCGCAGUUUAGUCUGCCUUAACCACUUCAAUGCUAACUAGACCCACCUCAGACACCUUAGUAAUGUUUAAUGACUAUGCAACAUGAAGAGCUUAGCCACCUAAACCUACAUGAUUUGCGUUGCACUACAUACACACAGCUGCAUGUAUAUUAAGAGCAAACAAAUCUUGCACCGUGCCUAAGUGCAUGUCACUAAUCUUAUUUCAUAGCCUUUGAUAACCUAGAAGAUAUUUUCUCUUAUUUGGACUUGUUAAAAGUAGACCACUGCAUAUCUAAUGCGUAUCUAGGCGUGUGCCGGUAACUGGUUAGACGAUACAUCAUAAUGUCCGGCCUGCACGAGAUUAUCAUUGGUCACAAUGUUUCUAUUUAUCCAAACUGAGAAGAAA